AUGAGGUCUACACUUCGAUUGUUGGCCAAUGUCAAGCCCCGGUACCUGGAGCCUUUUGCUCCUACCGGAUUGACCGGUCUCAUCACCCACCCGAGUCCCCGCCCGACUUUGAUCUUCCUUUACACCAACACCCUGCAAAAGCUGCAGUCCUUCCCCGAAUCAUCCGCCUACCGCAAGUCCGUCGAGGCAUUGACCCGCCACCGUCUCCAGAUUGUUGAGUCACAGAAGCCUCCCGGCUUUGAUGCGUGGUUAGAGCGCGCGAAGAAGACCGUUGGCGCUGAGCCCGAACGAUUCGCUCAACUUCAGCUUAAGAACGGCGCGUUCGCCUACGCCGCUUCGCAGGAGCGGGACUUCAGCGAUAACGCCCGCGGUGAGGAGUGGGAUGGUGAGACUCUGUCUGCUACCACUGAGGGUCCUACCCGUACCGCGGAAGAGGAAGCCGAGUGGGUUAAGAUUAUUGAGGAGGGUAGCGAGUCAGCCAACAACCACUCUGACUUCCACGAGGUGGCCAUGAAAUGGGAGAAUGAACCCGCUCUGGAAGCUUCGCAAGUUGCCGAGAUUGAGCAGCAGAUUGGUGCAGGCCUGAUCGAAGAGAUUAUUCAGGUUGCAGAGGCUGAGUCGAAGCUGGUUGAUGAGCUUCACAAGGCGCAAGUGUGGGAGGAACUGGAAGAGAAGCCCGCUCCUGGUCAGUGGACCUACUUCGAGCGCGGCAAUUAA